GUUACGAACGACUUACUUUGUGGGAAUACAAGUUCGCGCCUUUUCCUCUGUCAUGCGCAUUGUGAAUAGUGGAAUACACAACAGUUUAGGGUUACUUAGCGCUUGUGUGGCGUGUAUUUACAAAAAAGAAACAUGGCAACGUCCUUAAAUGGUCUUGCACCCCAUAAGAAACCUAGAUUAGCUCCCACAAACCCCGUAACUGUUGUCCUGGGAUCGCAAUGGGGAGAUGAAGGGAAGGGGAAAAUUGUUGACAUGAUUGCUGCCACUGCCGACAUUUGUUGUCGCUGUCAGGGAGGUAACAAUGCUGGCCACACCGUAGUUGUUGGUGACAAUGCCUAUGAGUUUCACCUCCUCCCCAGUGGGAUAGUGAACAAGAAAUGCACGGCUAUCAUUGGAAAUGGGGUGGUAGUACACCUGCCAAACUUGUUUGAAGAGAUCGAGAAAAAUGCAAAAAAAGGCAUGGAGGACUGGCAAGACAGACUAUUGAUAUCAAACCGAGCUCACUUAGUGUUUGAUGUGCAUCAGAUGGUGGAUGGACUUCAAGAGACAGGCCGUGGCAAACAUGUAAUUGGAACGACCAAGAAAGGCAUUGGUCCAGCUUACUCUUCUAAGGCAACUCGUAAUGGGCUUCGUGUUGGUGAUCUCGUGGGGGACUUCUCUUUGUUUUCAGAAAAAUUUAAGAAGUUAGUGGACUACUAUAGGAGUCAUCAUGAUGAUUUAGAAGUGGAUGUUGAGGAAGAACUGAAGCAAUACGAGGUAUUGAGGAACAAGGUCAAACCAUAUGUGAGGGAUACAAUUCCAUUUCUCUCCAGGGCCAUUAAAGAUGGGAAAUCUAUACUGGUGGAGGGAGCCCAAUCCAAUGUCUUAGAUAUAGAUUUUGGGCUAUACCCCUUUGUAACAUCAUCAAACUGCAGCAUAGGAGGGGUCUGUACGGGUCUAGGAAUCCCGCCCUAUUGUCUGGGGGACAUUGUGGGUGUGGUCAAGGCCUACCUCACGAGAGUGGGCAGUGGGGGGUUUCCUACAGAACUCCAAAAUGAAACUGGUGAAAGACUUAUAAAAAUCGGGCACGAGUAUGGAGUCACGACGGGGAGGAAAAGGCGUGUCGGAUGGUUGGACAUUGUGAUGUUGCGUUACUCGAACAUGAUCAAUGGAUUUUCUUAUCUGGCCAUAACAAAGCUAGAUGUACUGGAUGACUUUGAUGAAGUAAAGAUAGGCAUAGCCUAUGAACUGGAUGGAGAGAAGAAUUAUGACAGUUUUCCAGCUUUGGAUGAAGACCUCUGUAGAGUGGAGGUGGAAUAUCUGACACUGCCUGGCUGGAAAACGGACACAUCUGGUGCUCGCAAAUUUACUGAUCUACCUCAGAAUGCACAGAAUUAUGUACACAAGAUUGAAGAGCUAGUCGGAGUGCCCGUCAAAUGGAUUGGAGUUGGACAGUCCAGAGAUUCCGUCAUUGAAGUCUGUUAAUAAUCUCUCCUUUGAUUUAGACAGACUAGGAGGAAGGCACCUCAGAAAUCCACUCGUAUCUACUAUACUAUAUUUGUACUUGAGGUAACAGAAGUCUCCAGGCAUCCGAGUUAUUGUGGUAUUGGCCAUUGAUUUUGUUUUAAUUGUCUGGCUGUGAUCGUGAAAUUGGCAAAGUUUUUAAUUCAAAAAGAGCUUGUAAUUUGCGGUACACUCUCUGUAUUUUUAUGGUUCUUCUGUGUUUUUAUUAGACAACAUACAUUUUCACAGCUUUUAUAGUAUUUAACGUGUUCUGGUACACAUGUAUGUCUCGCUGUAUUUUGAAUUUGUUGGGUAUCGAUUCAUUGUGUUCAUUUUCUGUGUAAGCGCUUUUUUAACUGAAUUAUCGUGAAAAGAUUCAUGUCAUUAUUAUAGGAGGGUCUUAGUUCAGAUUUUUAGGCAUGUGUAUUGUCUUUUGGUUGCAUUUUGAUAGGGCAUGACAAUGAACCGGUUCAGCACUUCUUUAAAAAAAGUGAACAGCAAUAUGCAAAUAUGAUAAUUUAAUAUAUAUAUAUAUAUAUAUAUAUAUAUGUAUUGUAAUAUUUUGAAAAUAUUUUUGAAUGAUUCAAGAAUAUUGUAUCUUCAAAGUAUAUUGAAAACAAAUCUUUAGUUGUUCAUCUGUUAAAUUCUUGUAUGUUUGUGUAUGUAAUUGUUGAAUAUCUGUGUCCUUCACAUCAAGAAAAUACUGCUGGAUUAGGCAAUACAAAAUCAAAUGUUAGGUUCUCAUCCAUAAAAGUGAAACUGUCCUGCCCCAUUGAUUUUUAUGCCCCCAAAAUCGGAUAUUGGGGGGCAUAGUCCAUGGUCUGUCUGUUUGUUUGCUAAAACUUUAACCUUUGCCAGUUGGUGAUAGGGCUUUCUUAUUUUAAAUGUGUAUUCCUUUUUGUACCAAAAUCUUUGACCUUUACUUUGAAAUUUGACCUACUUUUGUAAAACUUUGACCUUUGUCAUAACUUUUGAUGGUUGGUGAUAGGGCUUUCAUAUGUGUAUUCCUUUUGAGAAGACCUUUAAGUAUCAAAACAUAUUACCUUGACCUUGGAGUUUCAUCUACUUUUGAAAAACUUUGUCCUUGGCCAUAACUUGCAAGGGCUUUUAUAUCUCGUGUGUAUUCCUUGUGACAAGACCUUUGUUUUCGUACCAAAUUUUUUUUAACGACCUUGACUUUGGGGGGCAUCAUCAUUUCACAAACACAUCAUGUUAUGAGAAAUUAUUUUAAUGGGGUCAAUACUGUAUAUUACACAAACUCGGACAGGUUUUGAUAUAUUGUAAACUGUACCAUGUCGUAAGCUACAACUGAACUUUUUUUCGCAUUUACCAAAUUUUAAUGGCCUGAUUUUGAUAUUGCUAUGUGGGAGCCUUCUGGCAAAUCAAAACACUUGUCGAAAUACAAGCUGUUCGAAUAAAAUUGCCUUUGCACUAACAUUAGAAUAUUGUUUGUCCAAUUUAAGAGUAGAUUUUAAUAGAAUAAAAAUGUCAUACAGACAAUUUUAGAGUAAAAUAAAAUGCCCCUACCCAUCCUGUCCUUCCCUACCAAUCUUGGAUGAGAAUCUAAAAAAUAUUUUUAUGGCCUUAUUAUCAUUAAUAACUGUGAUACGUGUGUAUAUAUUUAUGGGAAUAAAUUCAAUAUUUGCUCAGAUUCAUUUCCUUAAAAUGAUGGCAUAGAAAUUCUACAAUAUAUUGACUGUAAUUAAAAUUGUAUGCAAUACUGGAUUGUUUUUACUGGAACCUCUUUUAAAUUACAUACCGUAUAAUGGUUAUUUUCUGCAGGUGGAAAUUUUUGCGAUCCAAUCCCGAAAAGGUAGCAAAGUAUAUUCUGCGUUUCCAAUUUCUGUGGUCGCACUAUGCCUAUAUUUAUCAAUAUAUGUUUUUGCGAUUACAAUUAAUGCAGGUUUUUCGUACCUGCAAAAUUCAACAGAAAAUAUCCGUUAUAUGGUAUAUACAUGUACACUCUAGGACAAUAUGCAUACAGCAUGUUCUGAUAAUUAUAUAAUGCCCCUUAAAUCAAAGAUUGUGUGUAUUUUGUCCAUUUGUCUUGCUAUAUGUUUGUCUGUCCCCAACUUUAUUCUCAAUAUACACUUGUUCUUUUUUCUUUUGCUUCAAAACAUUGCUUGUUGUACACAGAAGAUAGGGAACAAGGCCUAUAGAAGGACAGAUAAGGAAAAGAAAAUGUCAAAAUAUUGUACUUGUUUACCAACUAUAUAAAGUACAUUACAAUGCACCACCAUUAGCAUGACUUCUGAAUGCAGACAUGACUAGCUCAAUCAAUGUAGAUGAUCUAGUAAGGGUGUGUCAGUAUCACAGAAGUCGAUGUGUACAGUAUCACGGAAGUCAAUGUUUACAGUAUCACGGAAGUCAAUGUGUACCAGGCUGUAUGUUGUAAUGUAUGUACUGGUAAACUAUCAGAUUUAUUCAGAUAAUUCAAUGUUCAAAAAAAUAUGUUCAAUUAAGAUAACAGCUCAGGACUUUGUGAACAUUUUUAUUUUGUUGAUUAUUGCUGUUUUUAGUUCCUCAGCUAUAAAAUCUCGUAUAAAUACAUACAUAUAUAUUAUUAUACUAUUAAUAUGUAUCGCCCAUACAUGCAAGGUAUCCACACAAAUAAAAAGAGAACAUUUGUAUGUCUGUGGAAUCAUUGAAACUCGUGAGGACUCGGUUACCCCACCCCUACAAAUUUACAUCCUCAACAAAUUAAUACAGUGUAUAACUAAAAAAAAUUAAAAUCAAAUUCUUUUAUUUGUCGCAUAUAGAAAAAUGUUUUGGUAAAAUGUACAUGCAUAUAUUUUAUGCAUUGGUCACAAAUUAAAAAUGUAUAAAGUAAACACGAUUAGCUACUAAUUAAAAUGUAUAAAGUAAACACGAUUAGCUACUAAUCAGUUAUUAACAGUCCAGUUCAAUCAAAUACUGUAGAUUCCUAAUGUUAACAUGGGAAAAUGAAAGUACUAAACAUGGGAAAUUGACUCGUAGACGUCAAAAGUACUAAACAUGGCAAAAUGACUCGUAGUCAUCAAAAGUACUAAACAUGGCAAAAUGACUCAUAAACGUCAAAAUUACUAAACAUGGCAAAAUGAAAGUACUAAACAUGGCAAAAUGACUCGUCAUCAAAAGUACUAAACAUGGCAAAAUGACUCAGACGUCAAAUUGUGUGAUCAUGAAUUGUCUGGUGAUCAAGAGUUCUUGCAAGUAUUUUAGCAACAGAAAAUAAAGCGAGUAAUUUAUUUCAUGAGUGCCUCUCAUGAAAUUACAUUAUAAUAGAUUCCUCGCGUAUAUUAGGGAAUCUACAGUACUCGGUAAUAUCCAACUUUUUGGAAGCUACUCUAGAUGAGAUUUGGUGGUGUUAAGUACCCAAUUAAUAUGUAUCUGCUAGAUGUUGCAUCCCCAUGAACAGGUUGGGCAAUCCACAAAUAUUGACCCUCACAAAUUUAAAUGAUUCCACAUUCAGUACCAAAUCCAUGUUUAUUUUAUUUCACCCAAUUAUAGUUGUGUAUGCUUUAUUUGCAGUGUUGGUAGAUGUUAAAUGGGCAAGAAAAGGUUACUCAAUGCAUUUAGUGAGGAAUAUGUUUUACAAAAAAUGUUAUUUUACCCAAUAAAAAUUUCAUACACUC